GGGCGGGAGGGGCAGCGGGGUGGGAGUGACCCGUCCUUGCCGACUCUCCUCGGUACCUGCGGUGCAGCGCGAUCCCGCGCGCCGAGGCCGCCCAGGGGUUGUCGGGACGGCCGAGAGGAGCUGGGCCGUGCCGGUUAAAGCACCUGAGUUUCGCCGGAACGUGUGGCGAGGCGGCCGGGGACGGGGUGGGGGACGCGGUUUAGCGUGGCAGAACACGGAAGCGCCGCGGUCCGGAGCGGCGGCCCCGGCAGCGCCAUCGCCGCGAUGUCCUCCGACUUCGAGAGCUACGAGCAGGACUUCGCCGUGCUCACGGCAGAGAUCACGGGCCGCAUCGGGAAGGUGCCGAAGCUGGUAGGAGAUGAGAAGAAGCAGAUGGUUGCAAAUGUUGAGAAACAGCUUGAAGAAGCGAGGGAACUGCUUGAGCAGAUGGAACUUGAAGUUCGGGAGAUCCCACCUCAAAGCCGAGGAAUGUACAGCAGUCGAAUGAGAAGCUACAAACAAGAAAUGGGAAAACUUGAAGCUGAUUUCAAAAGGUCACGAAUCGCCUACAGUGAUGAGGUGCGGAAUGAGCUCCUGGGGGAUGACGGGAAUUCCUCAGAGAACCAGUUGAUAAAAUUACGUGAAGAGAGGGCACAUCUGCUCGAUAACACAGAGAGGCUGGAAAGGUCAUCUCGGAGACUAGAGGCUGGAUACCAAAUAGCAGUGGAAACCGAGAGAGGAAGAGAGAGAGAGGUGUAUAAUUCUGGUUCCCAAAGCUCUGUGAAGACUAGGAGUGGAGUGAUAUUAUAUGACUUCUUAAUAUUAAAUAAUUUUGAGACGAUGACUUCGGAAAUAUUGACUUCAUUGUAAUGUAGGUUUUUUUCAAAGAUUUUUAUGGAAACUGAUUAAUUAUUUUAAUCCUGGUAUGGAUCACAAUGAUUCUAGGUAUAAGAGGAUUUAGAUUAAUUCAGUGCAACGAAAGAACUUACUUUUGGAAUUACUUUUGAUUGUUCUGUGUUGAGGUCUUACAGUAAAAUAACACGUUUUCAGUUCUUCUUUGAGCAGAGUCCUCAGACCACCUCUUGCCUUUUUUAUUACUUCCAUUGCAUAAAGAGCUUCUCUACCCAGCACUGGUGAGGCCACUUCUGUAGUGCUGUUUCUAGGUCUCAGCUCCCCUGUACAAGAGAGGCACUGACUUACUGGAGUGAGUCCAGGAAAGGACCAUGGACAGAAUUAAGGGAUUGGAGCAUCUUUCAUGUAAGGAGAGGCUGAGAAAGCAAGCAGUGUUCAGUGUGGAGAAGAAAAGGCUCCAGAGGACUUUAUCAAGUGUACAAAUAGCUGAUGGGUUGGAACGCAGAAGAGGGAGCUCAGUAAUGUCCAGUGACAGGACAAGAGGAACAAAUUAUAAUCUGUGAAAUUCCAUCAGAACAUGAUAAUUUUUUACUGUGGUAAUGGUCAAACAGUGAAAUAGAUAGCUCAGAGUGAUUGUCAACUCUCCAUCUCAGAAGAUACUCAAAAUCCAGAUGAGCAGUCUUGAUUCUGGGUGACCCUAGGGCAGAGUGUUGGACAAGGUGAUCUCAAGCAGUCCCUUCCCACCUCAGCCAUUCUGUGAUUCUGUGAGAUGCAUGUGACAACCCUUAGGUAUCUGUUGUACUUUAUUUAUGUGGUGUCUUUUCACAAUUAUGGAUAUGUAUGUUGCAUACUAUAAUGAAGCUGGAUGAUUUUCACCUCUGGAAUAAGUCACAUCUGGGUCUUUUUUAUUACCUUAAUCAGCAAAAUACAUAUACUAUUGUAACCUGCCCGUGUGAUCAUCUAGUGAUUAAUCUGACAUCACAUAACUCAUUUUAUGCAAUUUCACAUUACAGUUCCUGAAACUUACCGUGAUAAAUUAGAAGCUUUUUUCUUGUUUGCAUCUCUAAAUUGAUAAGCCCUUUCAUCUUACGUACAGUUGUUCAUACAAGCUGAGAUCUGUCGGAAGGUCUGACUUCCUUCUUUGAGCGGUGUCCUUGAUUCGUGGCUUCAGUGGUGUCUGGACAGGAUGCCACUUAUGUCACCACCUUUAAGUCAAUCCAGCACUGUCAGGCUUUCACAGUUUGUCUGCUGUCCUUUGUUGACACUGAGGAUGUUUAAAUCUGUGCAGAAACCUCCUGAAGGACUAUGCAAAGCCUUUAGUAUCUGGCAACCAGUUCUGGAGAACUCAAGGCCCACUGUAAGCAGAAGAACAUUAUUCUAAACAUUUGUAAGGGUAUGUUGCAAAUUUAGCAGGUGUUUAAGAAACUGAUUUGGUGCACCUGUGAGUUAAUCAGAGCAUUUGCUUUUACGUUGCCUGAAUUUUAUGGCAAAACCAGAAUGGAAAUGUCUCAAGACAUAAAGAGGAACCAUCAGCUGUUUGAAUCUCAAAGGUCUCCAUUGUUUGUGCCAAGUAGGGGAAGUUUUUAAUAAUGACUGAUAACAUCACAAAGUGCACUCAUAUGCUUUUUAAAUUCAAAACACUCUUUUAAAGAAUAUUUCUUGUUAUUUUCCGGGUUUUAUGUUAUAAUCUGCUUUGCUUGUAAAAAAGAUACAAGUUUACAGCCUAGUAAGUAGGCAUUUCCAACACCACUCUGCAACUCAAUUUUCUUAAUUUCAGGCCACUUAGUCUGACCAUAUAUCCUCAGAAUAUGAGAAGGAUUUUAAAAAUACAUGAAAAUUGCUGUUUUCAGUCAGAAAGAGAGCUCACCUAAUUAAUAUCCUGAUUAGUCACAAAAUGCUUCCUGGUUUUGAGGGGGCCUAAUUCUAUUCCCCAUGUUCAGAUUUCCACUAAAAUUAAAAUUAGUACUAAAAUUAAUUCUAGAACUUCCUUAUUUUGUCUCCAGAGUGUAGCACAAUAAGGCAUACCCUUCUUUGUUGGGUCUUAGAUAUGUUUGCUCAGGCAGAAAUAUUUUGAAUGUAGAAUAGUUUUAAAUGGUUCAUUGAUCUUCAGUGAUAAAAUUGGCACAGAAAUGUAAAACACUGACAAGGAGAAGAGCACACCCUGUUGUAGAGGACCAUUGUACACUGCAGUUGAGUUGCUUUCACUAAGUUCUUCUCAACUGCCAGAUAUUUUCCAGGAAAAUAAACCAUGGUGUUUAUAUAAUGUAGAAUUUCACCUUGUCUCAGGACCAUGUAAGAGAGAGAGAAAAAGAUCCAACCAUUGAACACUGUCCAGGAUGCCAGGGGAAAACUAUGUUUCAAGUAUUUACUUUUUUUCCUUCAUCACCUUUAGAUAUUUGUGUUGAUUUCAGUGCAUGUAAUUUGAGAAGUGUUGAGCUUGCCUCUAUGAGUGAUGAUUAUUGGAUAUUAUGCUGUGGCUCUGAAUCUCUCUGAAGUAUCUGUGCUAAGAAGAGUUUAUGGAUAAUAUAUCUAUUCUUUGUACUUAAUCUUUAAAAUUUUGUCCUGGCUUUUAUUUUUAUACCACUUUUGUAGCAUGUAAACAUGGUGUUUUAGAAGUAAAGAAAUCAAAAGAAGAAUAAGUCUCCUGUUCAGUAUACAGAAAAUCAUUCUGAAACUUGAGUUGAGGUUGCUUAAAACUAUUAUUUUUUUUUAAUCCUCCUUACUCACUGGAAAUCUCAGGAAUUUACAAACAGUUAAAGGAGAAAUAUGUCUCAGCAGAGACACAACAGCUUAUUUUCCAUCCUUGUGUGACAUAAGUAAUUCUGGUUACUACGGGAUCCAAGCAAAUUUCAGUGACUUACACCUGAUAUAAUGCACUACAGUCAAACCUCCUUUUCUGGACUGAGCCAUAAAUACAUAAUGUAAUCUAAUGUUUUGGUGGCAGAUAGUCAGACCCACCUCAAAACAUUGUCAGCCUACUUGCUGGAAAGCAAAUAGGAAUCUCUUUAGACAAGGAUGUGUGCUUGCUUCUGUAUGAAAUAAUAUUAGUUAUUGUCUUACCUGGGUGCAGCACUGAGUGAAAGUGCAGUGAACAGUGGAAGUGUAUUAACAAAUGUUUAUAAGGUGCUUCUGAAGUCAAGAGUCUUCAAAUUCAGUGACUUCAGCAUGAAAAGAGAACUGUUUUAACUCCAGGAGGUGUCCUGACAGAUACAAGUAGUGGAAUUUGAUGUACAAGUCCACAGCAGCAUGUCACAGAUUUGGAUUUCUCAUUCCUUUACUGAUGGACCAAUCUGAAUCCCCAAGGCCCUGAAGGACCUUCUCCCUCCAUUUUUCACAACCUGGGGUGGUUGUGGUGGUCAGGUGUCAUAAAUGAGAUGCACACCAGAACUGUCAUAGUAUAUGUGAAACCAUUAAAAUUAAAAGAAGUAUAUUGACUAAA